GGUGUUAAUAGUUAGAAUAGAUAACACCGUUUUGUUCAUUUUUAAAAGGACGGAUAGACAAAUAAAUUGUUAAGGAAAAAUCUAUACGAGAAAAAGUUGACGGAAUAUUCAUAAAUCAUGAAUUCAAUAUAAUGUCAGUUAGAGAAUAUUAAUGAAUUAAAAAUAUGAUAAAGCGGUACAUGGACGUAACCGGUUAAUCUAAGUGCUCGAUCUCGUGCUGCCAGACUUGUAGAAAAUAUUAACACUCAUUAGCAGUAAUGGAAUUAAAUGACAAAAUAUAUAAUAUAAUAUCAGACACAAACAAAAUAUCAAUCAUCAUCAUUGUCACUGUAAUAAGAAACUUUGCUUGACAAACUUACCAGUAGACACGUCUACAGGCGAUAUGGUUUAUCAUUGUCUAUAAAUCACUACUUGUUUAAUUAAAAACAAACUAAAAUUCUAGUUUUGGUAAGACUUUGUACGAAUUAGUUUUACGCGCAUUUAUUUUAGGGAAUGAAGACUGAUAUAUGGCAAUAUAAGAAUUAUCAAUUCUCUGACAUAAUGGACUGUUUGGACAUAAUAAAGUGAAGACUAAAUAAGACAGUGGAGUAGUUUAAACAUUGAUAAGGCGAGGGAAGGAUUUCUAAUUUAAUCACUUGUUAUGAUAUUAUACUUUUAUCUGUGUGAACAGUUUACUAAACGGUGUUACAUGCAUUCCUUUCAACUUGAAAAUGAUAGAAAAAAUGAAAUACUAAAACCGGAAAUUCUAAUUUAAGAAGUUGUAUAAUGACCGUGCGAUCACCAUUUUUAGACACAUGUUAAGUAGUGUUCAUGUUGAAAACUAAAGGAUGUAUGUGUGACAUUUAAUACAAAUAAAGGCGUAGCACUAUUUUAUUAUGGCUUCAUCAGGUCCAAAGAAAAAUAUGAAUAGUAGGAAGAGGAGCGAGACAAGUGGAGGGAGUAUGAGGAAAGAUAACACGUGGAACGUGUCCGUGAACACAGAGAGACCAACCCUGGAGGACGACGCACAUUUAAAAGUAAGUUACUCGCCGGGAAAGAAGGGCGGUAACUUUGGACUCCCUCUCGGCGCAAAACUGAUUGUGCCUGAAAGCAUCUUCAACAAGAAGGACAACAUCACAUGCGAAGUAGCGCCACCUACACAACGAUGGAAAUACACUCCGGUUCUUCCGGUUCACGAACAUUUAACAAGCGAGAUUUUUCUGUUUUCAUCGUCAGUCAGUAUUCUGAAAAAGGCCGUAGUUAUCCAAAUUCCAUAUUACCCAAUAGACCCCGAACAUUCCGAAAUUAAUGUCAAGGGGAAAUGGAAGGAUGAAAACGAAUGGGUCGAUGUUGGUUUUUUGAAAAAGGAGGGUGGGAAGUCACCAUGUGUAGAGCUAGAGAUCGACCGACUCGGCAUGUUUGUUGUGACCUUUACCCCGAAGAAGGAGAUAUUUGAUGUGACUGUUCAGGGAUGUCUGUACAACUCGAGACUUAGCAAAUAUAUAAGCAUUAGAUUCCCGAAAAAGACAACAGACAAGAACUUUCAAUGUACAAUACAGAUAAACCCUAUUUCACCUGAGAAAGUUCAGUUGGCUAAACAGAAUUUUCCCCACGAGACAAACGAGCUACUGGAAACCUCGGAGUUUAUCGAUAUACUACCAGAACACCAAAUAACAUUCAAAAGAGCCGUGUCAGUGAAAUUACCACUUCCUGCUGGCUUUGAGGAAAGUGAAGAAAAAAAGACAGAUGAUAUAGCAGUACUUCAGAAGAGCGCCAGUGGAUGGGUUGUAGUAGAAGGGGCAUAUAAAUUCACACGGACAACGGUGACAUUCGAUGUUAAAACAUUGUCAACGUUUUGUGUCGCUCUGUCCAAACCAAACAGAAAAACUGCCCUACAUAGAUCUAUAACGGUGCUAGAAGGUCGCGUAAGCAAAGAAAUGGGUGAAAUACUUGUAUUUAUAAACUUGCAAGAAAAAUUAUGGGUUGUCGUUCUUGAAUGUUGCCCCAUUAAUAGAAAGGAAGAAAAAGUCGCGGAAAGAAAAGAAAAGGGAUAUCAGUUAAUAGACAAAUCUCAGGUUCACAAAGAGGAGGAAAAGAAGCCAGCAUUUAGUUCAAGGCGACCACCUCCUCCAAGUCAUAAACAAAAAGCACCAGAAGUCAACGGGUUUGAAAUAUUUGACGGAAUGAAGUGGGGUAUAGAAGUUACUGAAGACAUUAAAGUGAGCUUUGAAAGUGAUUAUCUUGACAAUAAAGAAUUGCAAUUUUUCAAAUUUUUACCAGAAAGUUAUAGACGUUUUGUGAUCGAGCCAAAAACAAAUGAAGAGAAAGAACUGAUUGGCAAUAUAAGCUUUGUUCCUGUAGAUUCUACGGAUCAGUUAGCAAAGUUUGCAUCUACUAUAAAAUUCAAAGUUGAAAUACCGGAGGAAAAUGUUAGAGCUUAUUUCAAACCAGAGUUUGUACCAGAAGAGCCCAAACCUGAAAAGGAGAAACCUAAGAUAGAGUUUGAUUUAAAUAUCAAAGAACAAGAAAAGAAGGACGAACCUUCAGUCCCUAAAUUCAAACCUUUACCAUCAACGGUAAUGGAACGAUUAAUGAGAACCAGCCGGAAACCAAUUAUUUUGGAAAAAGAGUCUCGAAUUUUGUCUGGCAAAAGUUUGAUGACUUUAUCAAGGCUGGUACCAGAAGGUCUCACACUAGCAGUCCACUUAGACCUGCCAGAUAGUACUAUUACUGGACUUGGGUUUGAUGCCAUAUCUAACGGUCUUGGAAUGGUUGACGUCACGUACAAGAUUCUACUUUACUGGAAACGCCAGAUGAAAGACAAAAAGGACGGCGCUGUGAACGUACUGUCGAUGGCGUUACGUGACAUGGGUCGCGACGAUAUAGCGGCUGUCGUUACUGAAAAACAUAAAGAAAAUAAAGAUUUGACUUUAGAUUGCUUUAUGAGAUAAUGGUGAUGUUUAACAUGAUUCAAGUUUAUUAAACUAGUGGAAUUAUUGUUAACUUAUUAUCUUAACGAGGUUUCACAAAAAUAUUUCUUUUUUUUUGUUCUAUUUUUGUGAAGAAGGAAAGAUGGUGAAUGGUGGUACAAUUUCUCAGUUAAGUGUGAUUUUUAAGCAUUUUAAUCAGCAAUACAACAUCCUAUUUAUUUGAUUCACGUCUUGUGUAAAUUCAUAUACGUCAUUAUUACACUGUGGUAGUGAAAUUGGUCUGUUAAAAUAUGAAAAUUUUAAAUGAAUCGCUUUAAGAUUUUCUGUACAUAUUCACCAAUUAAUGUGACCUAUCAUCAUUAGUCAUUGUAGUAAAUUAAUUCUACAAAAGUGGAAACCCAGAAAUAUAUAUAUAAACAACUUAAUAACAAAAGAUUGCCAGAUUUAAUGUUGAUAUCUUUCUGGGUUUCCAGUUUUGUCCGUCGGGAAAUGUUUAUGUUCGCCAGAAAAAAGCUGAUUUCGAACGAUCGCCAUUCUUUUUGUUUGCUUCACAGUAUUCAACAUAUUUCAACAUAAGUUACACUAUUAUGUACGUCUCCGAUUGUAUCCAAAAUGAACUCUUUGUUUACAGAUAUGUAAGAUAGUUGAAAUAAAUAUGCAGAAAGAACUGUACUGAUAUUCUAUUGAAAAUAUUUGCGUUUCAGUCUCUUCAUAAAAGGAACCAAGAACUUUCUUAUUCAGAGUAAUAAAUCACGUAGAAAUAAGCGGCUCUAUUGUUUCAUAUUACAUCAUCACAACUACCGCAUUUAUAAAUGUUUGGAUUGUGUUAUUAUUUAUUUUCACUGCCUGUUUCACAUGAAUAUUCAGUAAGAAGAAAAUGGUCGUUACACGUAUAUUCAUAGUAAGUGAAUAUAUGAAUAAAUAUGUAACCAGGUGAUAUAUUCUACUAUAAAUAUAUCAUUAAGAGUUAUAAUAUUUUUCUGAAGGUAAACACAAAUGUGCAUUUAACUUUAUUUUCUGUGUAUGUUUACUGUUUUAAAUGACUAUGAAAUAAUUAUUUAUUUUUCAUUUAUACUUAUGUCAUUACUGCAAGCAUUCCAUAUAAAUAAAUAUUGAAAUUUGU